AUGUUUACACCGAUACAUACCUCCUUAGGGGCCUUGCUGCUCUUCCAGGGCUCCUCCGGUCUACUCGUUCACAACGGAGCUGUGUUCGGCAUCUCGUCUCUACUCUCUGGAUCCGUCGUGAAUCCAAGCCAGGAAAAUGUCCCGAUCAUCGCGGGCUUGAUAUCCAGUGUGAUACCAAUCUCCCUUUUAGCACCUUCAUUGAUUCCAGAAUACCCUGCUGCGCCAUCGGGCCUAGCCUCUGCCGCGGCAACGCUAGGUAUAGGGCUCCUGCUGGGCUGGGGAACAAAGAAUGGCUGCGGCUGUACCUCUGGCCACAUGCUUUGCGGAUUAUCACGUCUAUCACCGCGAUCUUUCAUCUCGACGGCACUGUUCUUCACAACAGCACUGAUCACGGCCAGCGUCGUGGGAGGCGGCUCCCGGAUUCCGGCGUGUGGCGACCUUCCAUGCUACACCGCCGUCUACCCAUCAUCAGCUGAGAUGGUCUUUAUGGCGGGAUCAUUGAUUCUUUCCACGAUUCUCAACUUCAUCGUCGUUCCCAAGACACUUGAACGGAAAGAAGAACAUCGAACUUUGUUCGCGUACCUUGCUGGACUCGAGUUCGGACUGGGCCUCUGGAUUUCGGGAAUGGCGGAUUCCGCCAAGGUGUUGCGUUUCUUCGCCAUCGCCACCGAUGUGUCUCGCUGGGAUCCUUCCUUGGCACUGAUCAUUUUGUUUGGUAUUGGUCCAUCGCUUGUCACAUUCUUGGCGAAGCAGCCAGGUCAGAAGUCGGACAAAGAUCAUGAACCAAGCCAGCCUACUCUGGCCGAGAAAUGGCGACUUCCCACCAAGACGCUGGCUGAUAUCGACUGGCGGUUCGUGGUCGGCUCCAUUGCGUUUGGUGUCGCAUGGGGCUUGCAGGGAGUGUGCCCUGGUCCAGCGCUGUUGCGUUCAGUGGUGCAGCCCACGUGGGGGUUGUUGACCAUGGCCGGGUACGCCAUUGGCAAUCUAUUCUGA